CACCACAUAAGGUAGGUAGGAGGAAAAGGCAAGAAUGAGUGAAAUGUUCCAGAGUCAAACUGAAUGACCCGUAGGCGCCCCCGCGUUGUAACAGCCGAGAGAUGAGAAGGGACGAGUGGAGGUGAAAUGAGAAGGUGGAGAGCGCAAGAUUAGAGAGGAAUGGUGCUUGCAUUCAUGAGAGGGGCAGAGAGGAGACUGGGGUAGCAGAGAGGGGAGGUUGGAUGGGAAGGAUGGGAGAGGGCGGCUGAGGAGAGGAGGAGCAGAGGAAAGAGCCACCUCUUUUGAAGGAGAGAGGUGUUUGGAGAGAGGCUCAGGUGUGCGUGACUGGAAAACGGAGGAAGCUCGGAAGCUGCACAGCGGCGAUCACAGGCAGCUUUGGGCUGUUUGACAUCGGAGUACACAUUAUCCGGCGCUGCAUCUUUUCUCUAUGGAAGCAACUCGCACCCUGAUUAUCAAGCGGGACCGUGCAGUCAGAAAGACCUUACCAUAAGGUGUGGGUAUCUUCUUGCUCUCAUGCUGGCACUCCAGCAUAUGAGGCAGAUGCGGAAAUCAGGAGGGUAUUGAAAGAACAGUCCUCUUCACUGCUCUAUCGUUAGGCCUCCGCAACAAGAGAGUGACACACAGGGGGAGCGUUACAGAGAGACACAGCAUGUAUGUGACUGAGUGUGCACGGUGGCUUGUGUUGGGAAGAGAGAAAUACAUGGUAUACAUGAACAUGCCUGUCUGUCACCUGUUACUGUGGAGACCAACUAAUUGGGGAAACCUGGAGUUAUUUCAGCCAAUGAGACUUGGCCCAGCUUUUCUUUUGAAUUUCCCAGGUUGCACUGCUGCACGUAUCUCAGCUGUUGCAGUGAUGGUCCCACCUUGAAAGACAAGUCAGAAGAAAGGAAUAUACAGCAAUCAUCAAUUUUCAAAAACUCAUCUGUGCUGUGCCACAAGGUCUUGCCAUGGCCAGGAAAACUCUUUCUCGGACAAAUAGUUUCCUGUGACGGCUCUACGCUACAAAUUUGAGAUCUGCUACUGCGUUUUUACCUGAACAGACCAAGAUGAUGCUUUGGCUGCUGCUAGUCCUGACCAUCUGCGAAGGGCCUGAUCAAGCAGACUCUGCCCACUCCAAUGAACGGCGAGUUGUAGCACACAUCCCCGGUGACAUCAUCAUUGGAGCGCUGUUCUCCGUCCACCAUCAGCCUCCUGCUGACAAGGUACAUGAGCGCAAGUGUGGUGCAGUGCGAGAGCAGUAUGGCAUACAAAGAGUGGAGGCCAUGAUGCACACUUUGGACCGCAUCAACGCUGAUCCGUACAUUCUUCCCAACAUCAGCCUAGGCUGUGAGAUCCGAGACUCCUGUUGGCACUCAGCCGUGGCUCUGGAGCAGAGCAUCGAGUUCAUACGGGAUUCGCUAGUUUCCUCCGAUGAGGCGGAGGAGUGGGGUGGAGGAGGUUCUUGGGGAGGAGGAGGAGGAGGAGGUGGAGGGACGACGACAAUGAAGUGUGCAGACCCCUCUGCUACUCCAAUGCGAGGAAAGAAACCCAUCGUGGGUUUAAUUGGACCAGGGUCGAGCUCAGUGGCCAUCCAGGUCCAGAACCUGCUGCAGUUAUUCAACAUACCACAGAUUGCCUACUCUGCCACCAGUAUGGACCUCAGCGACAAGAGCCUUUACAAAUACUUUAUGCGGGUGGUGCCUUCAGAUGCCCAGCAGGCAAGAGCUAUGGUGGACAUUGUCAAGAGAUACAACUGGAGCUACGUGUCUGCUAUACACACUGAAGGUAACUAUGGUGAAAGUGGGAUGGAAGCAUUCAAGGACAUGGCAGCCAAGGAGGGAAUCUGUAUCGCCCACUCUGGCAAAAUCUGGAGCAAUGCUGGAGAGCAGAGCUUUGAUCGACUGCUGGAGAGACUGAGGGCCCACCUGCCCAAGGCUAGAGUAGUGGCGUGUUUCUGUGAAGGCAUGACUGUCCGCAACAUCCUCAUGGCUAUGAGGCGCCAGGGACAGGUUGGACAGUUCCUCCUCAUUGGCAGUGAUGGAUGGGCGGACAGGUACGAUGUGACAGAUGGCUACGUUAAGGAAGCGGCCGGUGGCAUCACCAUCAAACUCCAAUCUGCUGACGUGAAAUGGUUUGAUGAAUACUACCUUAAGCUUCGUCCUGAAAACAACCACAGGAACCCUUGGUUUCCAGAAUUUUGGCAGCAUCGUUUUCACUGUCGACUGAAAGGCCACCCACAGGAGAGUAGCAAGUACAACCGGACCUGCAGCAAGCGAGAGUCCCUUCGGCAGCAGUAUGCACAGGACACCAAGAUGGGUUUUGUCAUUAAUGCCAUCUACUCAAUGGCAUAUGGCCUGCAUAACAUGCAACGGUCUCUCUGCCCAGGCUAUCAGGGCCUGUGUGAUGCCAUGCGACCUAUAGAUGGUGCUAGACUGCUUGACUUUUUGAUGAAAACCAACUUUACCGGUGUGUCAGGAGAGGGAAUCUUAUUUGAUGAAAAUGGAGACUCACCUGGCAGGUAUGAAAUAAUGAACUUCAAAAAGAUGGGGAAGGAUUAUUACGAUUACAUUAACGUUGGAAGUUGGGACAACAGGGGUUUGAAGAUAGAUGACGAUGAAAUCUGGCCCAACAAAGAAUCCAUUAUCAAGUCAGUCUGCAGUGAACCCUGUGACAAAGGACAGAUAAAGGUGAUCCGUAAAGGUGAGGUGAGCUGCUGUUGGACGUGCACUCCCUGCAAAGAAAAUGAAUUUGUGUUUGACGAGUACACCUGCCGAGCCUGUGAGCUGGGCUCCUGGCCUACUUAUGACCUCACAGGCUGUGACCCAAUACCAGUGGAGUACCUGCGCUGGGGUGACCCAGAACCCAUUGCUGCAGUGGUCUUUGCGUGCCUCGGUUUAAUGGCUACAUUCUUUGUCACUGCAGUCUUCAUCAGGUUCCGGGACACUCCGGUGGUUAAAUCUUCUAGCAGGGAGCUGUGUUACAUAAUACUGGCAGGGAUCUGUCUGGGAUAUCUGUGUACGUUCAGCCUCAUCGCCAAACCCCAUGUCAUCCACUGCUACCUCCAACGACUGGGAAUCGGCCUGUCGCCUGCCAUGAGCUACUCUGCACUUGUCACCAAGACCAACCGCAUCGCUCGGAUCCUGGCAGGAAGCAAGAAGAAGAUCUGUACAAAGAAACCUCGCUUCAUGUCUGCCUGUGCUCAGCUCAUCAUUGCCUUCCUCCUCAUACUGCUACAGCUGGGUAUCAUUGUGGCUCUCUUCCUCAUGGAGCCACCUGAGGUGAUCCAUGACUACCCCAGCAUCCGCCAGGUCAACCUCAUUUGCAACACCACUAACCUCGGUGUGGUUGCCCCGCUGGGAUACAAUGGCCUGCUCAUCCUCAGCUGCACCUUUUAUGCCUUCAAGACCCGCAACGUCCCAGCUAAUUUCAAUGAGGCUAAAUACAUUGCCUUCACAAUGUACACCACCUGUAUUAUCUGGCUGGCGUUCGUACCCAUCUACUUUGGCUCCAACUACAAAAUUAUCACCAUGUGCUUCAGUGUCAGCCUCAGUGCCACCGUGGCUCUGUGCUGCAUGUUUGUACCCAAGGUGUACAUCAUUCUGGCCAAACCAGAGCGUAAUGUGCGCAGUGCCUUUACCACUAGCACAGUGGUGCGCAUGCAUGUUGGCGACGGCAAAUCGUCCUCAGCUGCCAGUCGGUCUUCUAGUCUGGUUAACCUGUGGAAACGCAGAGGCUCCACUGCAGAAACACUCAGCUCCAACGGUAAAUCAGUAUCUUGGGCGCAGACCGAGCGCAGCAGUUCACGUGGCAACCACCUGUGGCAGCGACUCUCUUUCCACAUCAAGAAGAAGGAGAACAAUCAGACUGCUGUUAUUAAGCCCUUUUCUAAAACCUCUGAGGAGCGUUACUGCGGUGGGGCUGACCUCCCUCCUCAUGUCCCACUGCCCUCCCUCCCCUCCAUGUCCUCCCUGCCCACUCAUCGUGACAGCAUUACCGACAAAACCCUGUACGAGCUCUCGGAAGCAGAGGAGCGCUACUCGAUCACCUACCGGCCGCAGACGCCUUCACCGAUCAGCACGGUCAGCCAGAGGAUAGGUUUAGAGGAGCCUCAGAUGGCCACGAUUCCAAAGUAUCCAAGCAGCAUCUGCAGCGGCGGCAGCGGCAGCAGUUGUGGACCUCCCAGCAGCGGCUCUGUUGUGACUGGGAGUGACGGGCGUUUGGUUGCCGUGGACGAUCGCCCAGGACACGCCCAGAGUUCACUGAUGGAUCAGAUCAGUUGCGUGGUAAACCGCUUUACCGCCAACAUUACCGAACUCAACAGCAUGAUGCUCUCGACCUCCCCGACGCACUCUCACAAACACACACCUCCAUCUCCUCAUGCAGCCGACCCCUACCUGUUGCCCCGCGAACUCCAGGUGCCCCCAACCCUCACCACCUACGCUGAUGUCCAGCCUCUCCCCCCUCCUGUAGAGUCUAGCAUGGGGGGCCGAGGUGGCUGCCCUGUUCACUCAAUCCCUCAUUCACCUUACCCCCUGCCACCCCCUCACCCCCAGAGCUCCCCCUCUCUCUCCCCUAUGCGGGGAGGCCUGGUCACCUGCCUCGCGGACUCCCCACUGAGGAGGGCGGAGCUAGAAGAGGAGCUAAUCGCCUUGACUCCUCCAUCACCCUUCCGCGACUCUCUGGCGUCCAGCAGUGGCUCACCAGUCUCAGAGACGGGUCUGUGUCUCCCCCCUGUCCCCUCCCAUCCUCCUCCUUCCCCACCUUCGCCCAGAUACAGCAGACUGACACUCAGAAACUACAGCCAGAGUUCAUCCUCACUGUGAGGCAGAGAUGAUGAGUUCAGAAAUGUGAAGAGGAGCUCUCAAAAACAACACGUCGUACGGAGAAAAGACAAAGGACAGACUGAAAUCCAUUCAUCCUUGCGUGGAAUAGAAACCUGACGUUAAGUAGUAAUGGAGGGCUGGUUGGUGAAGACACCAAGCUGUGUUUGUGUUUACAUGUUCGCAGUGAGAUGCAAGUAUAAAGAACUUGCCCAUCUCGUAUUUUCUUAGUGCUGUCUCUGACGAAUGAGGAUUGAAAACUGCAAAAAUGGCUACUGUAACUUUGAGGUGUUUUGUCGUCAGUAACACCAGAGAUCAUUCCUGAAGGUCUGAGGCCAUGUAUCAUUUAGGUUCGGUUAGUGGCCUUAAGGUAACUCGGCUAUCAACUAAUUAGAGAUUGUGAAUGUGUGUUUGUGUGUGCGUGAGUGUAUUCUAAUGAAAGAUGAUGGCACCAUGACAGCACUGAGUGUUGAUGAGACUCCCACAGCCUGUCAGAACUGCACAGAGGCUAUCAAGGGCACAUAUAUAUUUGCUCAUAGACACACACACACACACACACACACUUAGAACCAUAUAAGUGUGAGCACACCCAUACAAAUAUAACGUAAGGGAAAACACUGUAAAUAUGUGAGAAGUUAUGGAUUUUUCUUUGAUGAUAAAAUCCAACAUGCUUCUGACAAAAGUGCAUUGCAUUAAGAACAGUGGUAACAUACUAAGGCAGUAUGUUACUCUGACAAAAAGCAUCUUUUUAUUUAUUCAGUUCUCCAAUCUGAUCCCACUACAUCUCUUCCUUUUCCUCAGCCUCUUUUUGUCUUACAGCUUUUUUUUAAAAAUCUUGCCAGUGUUUCAGUAUUUUCUACUCUUCCAGUUAGUUUUCUUCAGAAGUUUGAAUGUAUAUUUUCUACAUGAUUUCUGAAGCAGGUGGGACCAAACCUUUUGUAGCUUUCUGUCUGUCUGUCUGUGACCUCAGAGAGAAGGAGCGGAGGGAUUGACAAGACCAGGCCUUGUUUUACCAUAAACAUCUUGGUCAUUAAAUCUUGUUCAGGUUAGGGUUAUUGGCAGAUAUCUGACCUGGAGUCUUAUUGUUAGCGUGUGACAUUUAACAGUGCUUUUUGUAAGGCUUAGCUGGAUGCCAGUCGUGACAUUUUCUUUAUACAAUGUGUCAGCAGGACACAGUUACUCUGCUUCAUCAAAGACAGUGCUUUGAAUGCCAUUAAUUUGAAUCACAGUUGUGUCCAAAGUUAGCAGACACAAACUGAUAGAUUCAAGCUGAGAGAGAAGCCUCCUCCUCAGCCUCGACGAGGAUCAUCUGUUACACAGGAGCUGUGACGUCUCAGCUUGUUUCAGACAUCACAGGCACAACAACCAAAGAUGUAAACAAAAAUAAGAGCAUUAAGUGAACUGUUUCUAUGAAGUUUAUUUUAUCUGGAGAAAAACAGUCCAUGCUGCUUUAUUGCUUUGCUGUCAGUCACACAGGACCACGGUGCUAGACGGUAGAUGAUGACUGACAUCUAGCAUAGCUGGUCAAAUUGUUAGUGAUGUGAAGCCUUCCUUAUUUUGGUAAAUUUGCUGUCUUGUGGAGAGUUAGAUGAGACGUUCACUACCACUCUCAUAUCUGUAGCCUAGCUUAGCUAGACUGUAUUCCCGUUAUAAGGGAUAUACGGGAAUACGGUCUAGCCCUCCUCCAUUGACACAUUUUGACAGGUUUUCAAGCUCCGAGCAGAUCAGACCGAACCAAUCAGAGCACCAGAGUUAACGAUGCGACCGCAACAGAGCGAGGUUUCUCUCGUGCGCUUUCCUCUGUUUUGCACGGGCUGAAUUUGUCCUUAAAACCUCAACAAGAAGCAGCUCUUAAAGCUUUUCUUUUUAAAAAUGAUGUAUUUUUAAUUCCGGCAGGCUGUACGAUAGAAUGCGUAAUGCUGCCCUCCACUGUUGAAAGGGAGAGCUUAGAUUUUCCUCAGGACCCCUGUACGGCGAAGGAAGCUGUUAAAACUACAAAACAUCAUGGCGGAAAGGCAAUUGUUAGGUCACUUAGUGAUUGCGUCACACAUGUGUUACGCUGAUUGGCUCUCUCCAAUUCAAGCUGUGAUCGGUAGUCCCGCCUCUGGGCUAGAUUUGGUUCAAUGGAGCAGUUCCAGACUGACUUUAUGUGUAUUUGUAAUACACAAUAUAAAGGCUGUCUGGUCCCCAGGCAAUCAUAUCUGUCAGGUAUAUAUAUGAUGUCUGAUGAUGUCUGUGCUAGUUGCCUGGCAACGUCAUGACGAUGACAGUAUUUUUAGGAAGUCAUGGCCAAAUACAUGUCUGUACAUAAACUAUGUCUGUCUGAGGAAUGCUGGCUGUGUGUUUUUUCUACAGUGGUUUUUUUAAGCAUUAAGCAAAACAGAUUCUACAUUUGAAAUACUGUAGAGUUGCUGGAAGGCAGAUUUUAGUUACAGCCAGGCAAACCUAACUGUCUUUAUACUAAGCUAACUGGCUUCUGGUGGUAGCUUCAUGUUGGUGGGACAGGCAUGAGAUUGGUAUCAAUAUCCUCACCUCACUCUCAGCAGCAAGAAAAUGAUUCAGUGAUUCAAAAAAAUUUAAGUCCAUGAUGCUCUCUACACUGUAAGGUCUGACCGUAUGUCAUACCUAUUGAAUAGGAAUAAUAUGUUAUGAACGUGUGAACGUAACUAAAAGUGUUGAGCAGUAAUAGUGUGCAUAUCAAGGCUUUUUGUAGGACUGUAGGGUGGAAUAUAUCUGCCUAAUGUUCAGUUCACCCAAAUCAGUUCACCUAAUUUGGGUGAACAGAACUGUAAAACCUAAAAUAUCACGUUUGGCGAUAUAAGAUUUGGAUAUGCCUUUAAAUGAAAUGUAAUUAACGGUGCCAACACAGAGUAGUACCAGGAGAUGAAAUGUGCCGAUGAAUGCAUUCACUAAGAUGCUUUUGAGAAAUGGGGCCUUGGCUUUGCAUCAGUUCCCUCCACGCAGGAAAACAAACUGAAGUCACAUGGUUAGGAUACUCAAGAAAGGCAUUUGUACAUUUGAUUUGUUAUCUCAUUUACAUAUUUUACUAAACUAAAGCUAAUUACUAGUUCCACAAUCAAAAAUCAGUGCUUCAGAGCGUUGCCUGUUUCUUGUUGUCCAUCAUGAUCUCUAUAUUCUCUGCAGCAUUGCAUUCGUCUGCUGUGACAGCUGACUGAUGCAGAUGCAGUCCACAGUCAGAUUUCUCCUUUUUAGUUUAGCAUUUGUGCUCUGCAGUAGCCAGCAAGAACAAACUCAGACAGUGAUUCUGUAAAUAAUAAGGGCAUGCAAAGACAGUUCUGUUUUGUUUUCGAUGAAAGUGAAUUUAUUUACAUAUCAACAAAGGUGAAAAAACAAAAAAAGAGAUGUUUUUGAGCUAUGUUAUAACAUACAGUACCAAUAUGUGUUACGACUACAGAAACUGUGUUACUACUCUGAAUGUGUGAGUGACCAUUCCUAUUCAAAUGUCUUGUAAUUCAACAAUAUAAUAAUAAUGAAUAACAAUAUGAUUAUUGUGCCAAAGGGGUUAGGGAGGGCUUAGCUUAGUAGGUUGUGGGUAGAUAUGUGGUUUCAUAAAAAAAAAGAAAAAAAUGUAAAUGUAAAGCUGUUUCUAUUGUUUUGGAUAUUUUCUAUAUAAAUAUUCCACAUUUUCCAGUGUAAAAGCAAUAUUAUCCAUAUGUAUACACAUCUGGGGUUUCUUAAAUCCUAAUGUUUUAGAUUGUCUUUUUUUUAUUUUUAUUUUUGUCUUUGAAUGGCGGUUUGAGGAUGGUGGGUAGAUAAUUUUUCUGAAGGUGUGAUUCUUUAUUCUUGCAAUGUUAUCUUCUUCGGCCUGUAGUUCUACUUUUUCUACUGAGUUUUCAAAGUUCAGUCUUCGAUCUCAACAUCCAAAUAACUGAUGGCAUACAUACCUAGCUAGAGGUAGGGUUAGGGUAAGGGUUAAAUGUGUGUGUGUCAUUAUUAUUACUAUGAUUAUUUGUUUUUGCUGCUAUUUUGUGGUGGUAAAUUACCUGGUGUGGUGUCCUUAAACUAGCAUGUCUCUGCAAGUCAGAGCAAGAGAAUAAGCUUCAUCUUGGGUCCCAAAGGGGGAAAAAAAGCAAAGUGGAUACGAACAACAUCUGAAGCAAAAUCUGUGAUAAUUGCUCAGAGACUUUUGCUCAUGUUAAGGAUAAAAAAUUUACACAGAAAAUGACAUGACUCAAGACAUACAACAGUGACCAUAAUUGGUUCCUGUUCCUGUCUCAAAAUGCUGUCGGUGCAUCAUUACCGCUACAUCUGCUCAUCUCGUUUUAAUAAUCCCUGCCCUGACCUCUUAUCAAAAAAUAAACCUGUGCUGUUGUUGCGAUGUUGUUCGGGAGGAGCUGGCUUACGCGCUGCUGUCACUGACGGUGUUUAUCCCGUGCUGAGAGAGUAACGAGGAGCUUGCUUCAGCACUUCAGCUGCGUGUUAUCAGCCCCCCGGGUGAAGCUCGACAGUCAUGUGCUGCCUCUGCAGAAAAAGACAGGAUCAGCGUUCUCAUCUAGUGCUUUCUUACUCUCUUAAAGGGCUCAGUUAUGUGACAUUAUCUUACAUUUAGAUCUGGCAUGACCAAUAUCAAAUUUCCACUGAAAAGACAAGAUACUGGUUGUAAGAGGAUGCCAUGAGCUUCAUGAAACUGCAGGAAAUUAGCAGAGAAUCGAGCACGCGUUGACUUGUAAGCUUUAUUCAAACUCACUGAGCUGCAGUUUCAGUGACUUAUCUAGCUUUAACCUAGCAUUUUAACAGAUUUGAUUAUUUCAAUCUCUUCAGCGUUCAUGUGAUUUUUCCUCCAGGUAAAGUCUGAAAUUUCUACACAUGCCAUGACAAAUAAGCACCCCUUUAAAGAAGUCCAACUAUAGUAUGCAGACAGGACAUUUAGGUGACAAAAUAAUGCCAUUGCCCCACAGUUUAGCCGUCCCUCAGGCAUUACCAAAUGCUGCUACUCCUAUGAAUCUAGGGUAAUCUCGGUUUAAUUGAUAUCUCCCUUUUUAGUCUAGCCAAAACACGAUAAUGACGGCGUUGAUGGUGCUGGCUACAAUCUUAUCUCGUCAUGAAGAUGAUCUCCUGAUGAUGUCUACCCAAAGUGCUGUUGACUGACUUUUUUUUUUUGGAAAUGCACUCUAAAGUAUUGGAUUGAUAAUCGCUGUGCUCAAAAAUACUUUUAAUCCAGACAUGCUCAUCUGCUGAUCAAGUUGAAAAAAGUCAUUUAUUUUAUCAAUUUUGCAUUAAAUAUAAAACCAGUCUACGGGAUCUCUUGUCUCUAAUCCUUAAACCCUGGUUCAGAGCCAGAUAUACGUAAUCCCGGUGCCGUGUCACGUGUUUCCUUACAGCUUUAUUUAUAACUGCAUUGUAAACAAGCUUUUUUUUUUGGUUUAUGUUGUGCUAUGGGAGGCCUGUUCUGUGUAAGUGCUCGCUGCCCUGCUGGAUUGCUGUUGAGCAAAACAUAACUAGCUCUCUAUCAGAUCCAAGAGUGGCACUCUGAGGCUGAGCAUUCAAUUCUGUGUUCAGGAAGAUGAGUUGAACCACAGGAACUUCUCCAUUAGGGAUCAAUUCUCAGUUUGACAGGCAACAGAGCAGUCUCUCCCACUGCCUUGUCUGAUUAUUUGGUUGAUUUGAUGCCGAACAACGGAGCUAUGUUUACUGUGUAAACAUCACAUAGAUGCAUGUGUCCACUGUCAGGGCAGCUUUGGAGAACUUUGUUUUGUGACCCUCUGUCAGGCUCUCACAUAAUUAUUAGAAAUAACUUGUCCUGGUGAACACCUUUGUGAGUGUAAUCUGGUAAAUGCCACACAUUGUUUCUUAACAGUGUUGCUGAAAUUAGCCAAUCAAAAGAGGCUUCUGGGAACAAAAGAGAGGAGCUGAGUGGAGAUCAGAGUUCUUGUGUAUUCUGAGGCUGAUCUCAACAAACUCCUCUCCCUUCUUUCUGCUGAGCAUUAAAAUGCUUCACAUUUAGGUUAAUGCUGUGUUUUGUUUUCUUGCACAGUAGCCAAAAACGAGUCAGUGCCUCAUUUGUGGAGUUGCUUUGUUUAAGAGUUAGGUUGUUUUUAUUAAUUAAUGCUAUAAACCAGACAAAACAUGUUGUAAAAAGCAGUAUGAAAAGGAACUGAUAUUGGGAGAAACUCAUCUGUAAUAUUUAGAAACGCCUGAAUCACAUUCUUUGGCCAAUUAAGUUGAAGGAUGAUUUAGUGCAACAGGUUGCUUUUUCAGGAUAAAGUAAAGGCAUUUAGACUCUAAACUGUGCUGUACAAAACAUUACAAGGUGCAUAUCAGUGUCCUGAAUGUUGAGUUCUUUGGUGGAGGGUUGAUAAAUCCACUUUUGCUGCAGCCAGUUUAGUGAAACUCACAGCCUUGAAGAUGACUGCUAGACAUCUUAAAAUUCAUAAACAGUAUAUUUGUGAGUUUGUUUGAAGCUGUUGAUUUGAAUGUUGCUUUUUAUAAGUGAGUAAAGGACAUAUGUGUUUUAAUAUGUUAUUGCUUCCACAGCCAAUAGGGUAAAGGGAUUUUAGGUAAUUAAUGCAGAGAAGACAGGAGGAGGAGGAUAUGUUUCAUAAGGUUAAGUUGUGUGUUAUACUGAUUAGAAAUAAGAGAGGAGUUUGUGUAUUUAUGUGGCUUCAGGAUUUGUUAGAAAGUGAAAUAACUUAAGCAGAUCUGUGUUGUUUUUAGGGUAAUAUUGUUUUACAUACAGAGCAGUGUGUUGAUGGUUUGUGAAAAUAUACUUAAACUAACUUCUCCAAUCUUUCUAUUUAUACGAGAGUUCAACCAAACUGAACUGUUACGUUACAGCACAUGAGGGAUCCCUGCAGGGCAUGAUGGUAUCAAAGAAACACCGAUGUGGAUGACGUACUCGGUAUUUGCUGCGUGCUUUUUAUGUUCCUCGUACGUUUAGAUUACUGCUGUGGAUGCAAACACAAGCAAAACCCUCAGUAAUACCCCGACUUUAAAUUCUGAUGAGAUUCUAUUUUCAGCAGAGCGUUUGACAGUAGAGUGUUAAUAAGAGAUGAAUGUUGCCUAUAGACGUGAUGUUUACAUUCUUACUCACUUUGAGAUAAUCAGAACUAUCUUGUUUAGUUACUGGCUUCAGAUGUUGUGUCAUUUUACAAGCUUACAAGCAUGUUUUGUGUUUUUCUGGAACACUGAGGUGAAUGAUCCGAGCAGAAAAAAGAAACGAAAAAAAAACUUUCACUUUUUCUUGACAAAGGCAGCUCAUCUGCAUAUAAAUUAAGGCCCUGUGUUGUGUUCCAAUUUCUUUACAACCCAGAUUUAUCAAAAGCCUAAUUCAGCCGAGCUCAUUGAAGCGACUACUUUUUGACAAAAAGAAAAUAAUGACAGGUAAAUGUAAUUAAAGAGGAGUGAAACGAGAUCAGUUCUCUAGAGCGAGAUUGUAGAAUUUGUUAUAUUUUUGCUAUAUUCAUUUAAAAAUAUUUAUUCUCUCCAAGCAGAAAAUGACUAUUAAUGAAAAUUAAAUUUAUGAUAAACACAGACUUAUUUAUUUAUUUAAAAAUAACAACAAAGUCGGGCUUAAAUUGCAGCGCGUCCCCAGACUCCACUGGUGUUUCAUCACAGUGUUGUUAACAUGAGCUCCUCUACUCAGUGCCAACUUUCACAUCUUUUUAUUUCAAGUGCUACUGCUUCUUUUUUUUUUAACAAGGGUGGAUAAACACUACUAAAAUGUGACUACACUGCUUCUGUUUUCAAUAAUUCGAAUCAUAAAUCCUUUCCUGAGCUGUCUACCAGUGCCAAUAUGAUAAAUGUGGUAGAGACAGCCUCUACAGGACAUGUGGUAGUGUUCAUCCUCCCGUUCGGACAUUUGAUUGUUGGUGAGUUAUUUUUAAUGAACAUGAUGGUUUUUUUUUUUUAAAGCUUUCCUGUUUUGUUUUUGCUUUUUCCUGAUGUUCACAACUGUAGAAUGUAAUUUGAUGCUAUAUAUCGAUGUGAUGGAGGAUAGUUUUAUAUUUGGAUAUUUGAUUAUUUAUGAAUAUUUUCACUCAGCUUUGUAAAGUGUCAAAUAUGAGAAUAUAUGGCUCUAGCUGUUUGGAAAAUAGUUUGUUUUCAAGUGACUUUUUGGCGGGGGGGGGGGGGGGGGGGGUGUCUGAAGGGUGAGGUGAGGAGUUUGUCUACUUCAGCCAGAUUUUGAUUACUGAUUGAGCCCACAAAUGAGUUUUAGACUUGCCUCAAACAGAACAAACCCUGGAUUCCACAGUGUUUGUUGCUGACACUGGAGCCUUGUUCACAGGCUUUUUGGAGGUUCCCAACAGACAUGGAGCAGAUUUGGCCAAAACAGAGUUCUUCUCAUCUCCCAAUUAACAAAUCUUUAUGUCCUCUUCCAAACUGGCCCACAGUCAUUCGCAUGAAGGCCUUUCUCUGAGUUGAUCUGUGGCCACUGGGAACAGGAGAGAACAAAGAGAGUGUGUGUGUGUGUGUGUGUGGGGGGGGGUUAGGACGGGUUAGGUUAAUAGGACGUUUCUUGUGUUUUUAAUACAACUGCAGUAUUUUUGUUUUACAGAGGAGCAAGAAUUCUCGUACAUGUUGUUUUGGGGCAAUAAACGCACAUUUAAUAGAUUAUUAAAGUGUUUGUCAACAAGUCUACUUAGUUAUCUUUAAUAAAAAAUCCCCUAAAAUAGCAAAUCUUUCACAAUACUCAUAAAUAUGUUCACAUUGUGGGUGAACAGUGUUUUCAGAGUGCAUGUCUUUGUUGGCCUCUCAUUUGGCAUUUUGCUCUGCUUCCUCUGUCCUUGCUUCGUUUCCUUACUUUUUAUGUCGUAUUAACAAAUGAAAAGCGGGAAUCUGCUGGGAUCAUAGGAGAAACACCAGCCUCCAGAAGCCUGUGCAAAAGGAAGAACAGUGAAGAAGUAGCAGUCAGAGAAGCAGGAGGCAGCUGUAGCAUCCUGCACAUCCUCAUACCAGAAAAGUAACUCUGUGAUUUUUUAAAAUGUGUCGGGUAAAGGAACAUGUGAAUUCGGCCUUUUGUUGAGCCUGUCUCUUCUUGGCACAAACGCUGUGCUGCCACAGUACUUUGGCAUUAUCAGGUGGAUUUUUAAAAGCCACCACACUUUGACUCACUGCAGUCAAACGCCCACCUGCUGGGCACCAAGAAAGAGCUAGAAGAGACCACUUAAAAAGAGGGGAAAAGAAGUCACAGAGUGUUCUUUAACUCUUAACUUACAGCUCUGAAUCAUGAUGACACAUGGUUGCUGUUUUUUUUUUUUUUUUAAACUGGGUUUGAACGCAGGUAUUUUUGACAGUGUGGCAACCAUUUAUCAGCGCUAUGGAGUCAGACAGGAGAUGGGAUGUGAUGUGUGGGAAAAACUAUCCAACAAAAAAGGGUUUCUUUUUUAUGUUUGUUUUUUGUUGCCAUUGAUAAUCAUUGUGUAAUUGUACGACAAAGUACCUUUGAAUCAUUAUUGAAAUCGUUAUUAAAAAAAAACUAUGACCUCCC